UAACUUGUGUUUGUUUAACUCUGAGAACAGAAACUACUAACAUAACAAGUGAAAUGUUGAACAAGAUACAACAGAAGAAGCUGCUGAAGGCUAGUGCUGAUGUUGUGACCCAGUUCCUGAGAAAGUAUUCUAAAGCUGGACAGCAAAUCCGCCUCCUUGAUGACUACACUACCAGACUGACAUCCCAAGCUAUCUUGGCCAUGAAAUCUGGAAACAAGGGGAGAGCACUCCAGCUCCUAAAGAGACGCUGUGUGGCAGAUGGAAUCAAGCACAUGUACCGACAGUACCGACAGACCAAGCUGGCCCAGGCCAAGACGCUCGCCCUCAGCGUGGCAGGGACCUUGGGACAUCCAGCACCUCUCCCCAUCAGGCCCACAGACAACCACACUGGAGUGGAGGAGAUUCAGGUGGAGAAGUUUGCCCAGACAAUGAUGGUAGCCCAGUGUAACUUCACCAGGAAUGGUUAAACCUUGGCAUGCAAGAUAGGUGUCCAAGAUAGUGCCUCAAAUGAUUUCAGUGUGAGGAUCCAAAACUAUCAUCAAGACGUGGAGAGUGAGGGUAUUAAUCAGUGAAUCCUCUGUCAAGAGACUGUAACCACAUCCAUAAAGACACAGAGAGAAGGAAGUGAUGAUUACAUUGCGUAUGUGCCUGAUCAUCCAAUACCCCUGGCCCUAUCAAACCACACAGACAGCAAGUCUUGUGGAAAAAAACACCAUUGUUAAAACUGGAUUAAAAGUAUUGGACGUUGAUAAAUUUUUAAUGGCAGUGCUAUAAAACCACUUGUAUAUAUACAAUUAGUUGCUUGUUAACUUGUGCUGCAUGUUACUAGUGAGUAGUGCUUAAAUAAAACAUAUAAAACAUUU